AGAUGGCAACAGCCGAAGACGAGUUACUGCUACCGCGGCUCCCCGAGCUCUUCGAAACCAGCAAACAGCUUCUAGACGAAGUGGAAGUAGCGACUGAACCCACCGGUUCCCGAGUGAUCCAGGAAAAGGUGGUCAAGGGACUAGACCUCCUUAAGAAGGCUGCCGAAAUGUUAUCGCAGCUCGACUUGUUCAGCCGAAAUGAAGAUUUGGAAGAGAUUGCUUCCACCGACCUGAAGUACCUGAUGGUGCCAGCAUUUCAAGGAGCACUCACCAUGAAACAAGUCAACCCCAGCAAGCGUCUAGAUCAUUUGCAGUGGGCUCGAGAACACUUUUUAAACUACUUAAUUCAGUGCCGGUACUAUCAUGUGGCAGAGUUUGAGCUGCCCAAAACCAAAAACAACUCAACUGAUAAUAACACUGCUAGUUCCUCCAUGGCCUAUCCUAGCCUUGCUGAUAUGGCAUCUCAAAGACAAGCUAAAAUAGAGAGAUACAAGCAGAAGAAGGAAUUGGAGCAUAGGUUGUCUGCACUGAAAUCUGCUGUGGAAAGUGGGCAAGCAGAUGAUGAGCAUGUUCGUGAAUAUUACCUCCUUCACCUUCGAAGGUGGAUUGGUAUCAGCUUGGAAGAGAUUGAGAGCAUUGACCAGGAGAUGAAGAUCCUGAGAGAAAAAGACUCCUCAACAGAGGCAUCAACUUCUCAUUCACCUCGUCAAGACAGGCCUCCAAUGAAACCCUUUGUUCUCACUCGGAAUGUGGCCCAAGCCAAAGUAUUUGGAGCUGGUUAUCCAAGUCUGGCAUCUAUGACGGUGAAUGACUGGUAUGAUCAGCAUCGGAAAUUUGGAGCAUUACCAGAUCAGGGCAUAGCCAAGACACCACCAGCGGAGCUCAAAAGAAGUGCUCAGCAACAGGAAGAUGAGGAACAAAAGGAGGAGGUUGAGGAUGAUGAGCAAACACUCCGCAGAGCUCGGGAGUGGGAUGACUGGAAGGACACCCAUCCUAGGGGCUAUGGCAACCGACAGAACAUGGGUUAGUCCUCGCACAAGACAGGACUACAGGGGUCACCUCUCCCCUGCCAAGGAAAGCGGCGCCGUCUUCCCCUCCCUGAGCUCCUGCUUCAGCUGCAUACAACGAAGGCAAAGAUGCUCAGUCUCGCUUUGCAAAGUUCAAUAAAGUGUCAAACAAUAAGCGUGUAUUUGUAACCCUAGGUGACGAGCCAGCAAUCUUGUUUUGGCAUUCUCCUCCUCCUCGUGGUGUAUUCCAGUUCCUUAAGUGGAAAGAAAAGAGUACUGAGAAGUGGCUCUGUAUAAUCAGUGGCUGUAUGAAUUCUCUUAAAAAAAAUGAUAGUAAUAAUAAAAGUCCAUUCUGUUACAUGAGCCUGUGCA